UUACAUGGUAGCGCGCGGCGACGGCGCCUCUUCAUCUCGUCCCGGCCUGAAAUGGAAAGAGGUGGUGCAGGGGAGUUCUCUGCCUGCACUCAGCUCUACCGUAUUCAUGUCUGCACGCACUGCCUAUGCUCACUGCUGCCCGAUCACUUUGUACUAAAUUAGUACAAAAAUUAUUCUAAUCUUUUAUUUCGUUUAAAGUUUCUUAUUGCUAUUCAGCUACUUUUCUUAAAUAAGAUUUUGAAAACAUAGACUGAACGCCGGAGUUAGAAAGUCAAAGUGAAGGAGGAAGGUCUGCUCAGAAGAAUUCCCCCCUGAGGUAAACGGUGAGUCUCUAUAGGGAGUUGAAAGCAGGCAACAGAUCUUUCUGGUGAGAAUGUGGAAACUUGGCAAGUAUUAGUCCUUGGCUGGAUUAAUGAUUUCAGCCAAACCCAAGAGGAUGGGAAAGCAGAACAGUAAACUUCGUCCGGAGGUGCUUCAAGACUUGCGAGAAAAUACAGAAUUCACAGAUCAUGAGCUCCAGGAGUGGUACAAAGGCUUCCUUAAAGAUUGCCCAAGUGGCCAUUUAACUGUGGAAGAGUUCAAGAAAAUAUAUGCAAACUUUUUUCCAUACGGCGAUGCUUCAAAGUUUGCAGAGCAUGUGUUCCGUACCUUUGAUACAAACGCUGAUGGAACUAUUGACUUCAGAGAAUUCAUAAUUGCACUUAGUGUUACGUCUCGGGGAAAGCUUGAACAGAAGUUGAAAUGGGCGUUUAGCAUGUAUGACCUGGAUGGCAAUGGGUACAUUAGUCGAAGUGAAAUGCUGGAGAUUGUUCAGGCAAUUUAUAAAAUGGUAUCUUCCGUGAUGAAGAUGCCUGAAGAUGAAUCAACGCCAGAAAAACGAACAGACAAGAUCUUCAGACAGAUGGACACAAACAACGAUGGCAAACUCUCCCUUGAAGAAUUUAUUAAAGGUGCCAAGAGUGAUCCUUCCAUUGUUCGGCUAUUACAGUGUGAUCCCAGCAGUGCAAGCCAGUUCUGAUUUACGGAAACAAAAUGUCUGGACAGUAAUGGAGGACCACUGGCUUGUCAUUCAAGCUUAGCUUGCAGCAGAUGCCUGUCACUCAUUCCUUGUGGUUCGGUGGCCAGAUUUUGCUGUACCAUGCAUUACAGUGGCUGGCUUUCUGCAGUAACACAAGUGCAGCAUUCCCAUGCAGUUGGAACCUUUCCACAAAUAUUCGGAGUUUUAACUUAUGUUUACAUGCAGUUGUCUUGAGUUUUUUUUUAAAACAGUUAAUGCGUCUGCUGUGUAGCUUCAAUCACUUAUUGGUUAAGGAGGUUUGUAAAUAUUCAAUGAAUAACAAUGGAAAUAUUAGAGACUAGGUCACAGGCAGGUGUUGAAAUAACAAUGAAUGCAGCCGACAGCUAAAAAGCUUAUUGUGAACCCACCUGUCGCUUCUAUGCUUCUAUAAGAAAACUGCUUGCACUUAAAAUGUUGGUUGGGCAUUUCAAAAUUUUUCUUUAGAGUAAAAUUCAAUGUUGAAAGCAAGAAUAUAUUUAAUGUAAUGGUAUUUAGCCUUGUAUUUCAUUUCCAAGCUGGUUUCAUGCAUAUAUAUUGAUAUUUUUAUCCUGUUGACUAGUGAUUGAACACAUUGCAAUUACCAGUGACUGUCAUGGACAUUUAAUAUUUGCCUAUUAUGUAAAAUAUAUUGAUCAGAAAUUUAAGUUAAUUUUUUAUUAUGAAUAGAUGCAAAUCUGUUUUUAGGGUUGUGUAAGGAAGGUGAAUCUUCCAAUUUAUGUUGGCAGAGUAAAAUGUUAAAUGUACAGCAGUAGGGACUUAAUGAAAUGAAGGUUGUUAUCUGUUACUGAUAUGUUGCAACAUCCUUUUGCAAUGUCUCUGUAUCCUCAGCUAUCAUUUGUUCAAAUCUUGCAUAUUCUGGUGUUACUUGACAUUUGCCCACUGCUGAGAAGUGUACCAAAAUAAAGCCUACAUUUUCUUGUCUGUGGGUGAUCUUUGUA